AUGGACGCAGGUCCGUCAGACGUGGCCAUGCUCACACAUGAGCCGCUGGACCCGUACGUGGCGUCGCAGUUGGGGCGGACGACCCCACCCGAGUUCCACUUUGAGCACAUGACGCCGGCGACACGGAUGCUGCAGAAGCGGAAAGAAGUGCUGGAGGUGCAGCAUGCGCUGGAUCUGGAAAAGGCAACCUUUGCCCAGGUCAUGUCCAAGGUCGAGGAGAAGGCUGCGGUGCUGGAGCAGACCAAGGAGAAGCUGCUGAUGACACGGCAGAACUAUGACGGCAUCAUCAUGUCGCAGGACAAGGCGUACGAGGACUGCGUGGCAAACAUCGAGCGGUGCAACGCGCUGCUGGAAAAGUACGAUUUGGAGCUGAGGGCAAAGUCGCGGACACUCAAGGAUCUCUCCAAACGUCUCGCCAAGCGCAAGCUCACUGCUGAGCGGCUGCGGGCGUAUCCCGAGUUCCUCUCCAAACUCCCGCGCGACGACUACGACUUUAAGGAAGAGUCGGACAUCACAGAGCGGUACAACACGCUCGACUCGACAAAGGUUGCCCUGGUUGAGCAGACAAAGCGCUGGACAAAGAAGCACUCGUCCGAGUCGCGCGCCAUCAAGGCCGCCAUCGAGUCGCAGCGCAACGAAAUCGUCAAGAUGUGGACCCAGAUUAACCGCAAACGCAAAGAGCUGGAGGAGCUGCGCGACGAGACAAAGCGCCUCGAGGCAGACUUUGACCUCAUGCUUGCCCGCUCCACAGACGAGACCCGUGAGCUCGGCGUCAUCCUCAUGGCCACCGCAAACCUGUACGACACAGUUGCAAAGCGCCCAUAUCUCACAGAGUCGGCCGGCGCCAAGGCGGACGUCUCGUCCAAGGCCCUGCUUCAGCUCGAGGCUAUCGAGCAGCGGUAUCUCGACCUCAAGACCAUCUGCAACGAGCUCACCGCCCUGCGCGAGGGCGCAGAGGCUGCCGCCGCAGGCGGCGGCGCCCUCUGA